AUGCAACAAUAAAGGCAAUAAGAAAUUCUAUAGGAAAUUAUGGAGAAAACCACAUUUUAUAAAGGAAAAAUAAAUCACUUUUUAAAUACCCAAAUCUUUGAGCAAGAUUCAUUAAAGGCAAAAAUUAUGAAAUCUAAACAAAAUAUUGCCAAGAAAACCAAUUAUGCCAGAAUCCAUGAAAAAACUGAUAAAUAAAAGAAUUUCAGGAAGAAUAAAUCAAGAAAGGAGCGCAAAUAAUAAAAAUUACAAAAAAUGAUCUAUAAAUUUAGCGAUUUGUAGAUUGAAUGA